CCGAAAUCAUGAACGCGAUGCGAGUGCCAAGCCCAGCCCAGCCGACGCGCCCUCACGCGUUUACCACUUCCGGCACGAUUGUUAGCGGCGGAACCUCGACUUCACCAGCUUCACGCAUAUAAGCUCCCCCGCUUUAAACACAAUGCCCGCCAGAAAGAGCAACGCGUCGACAGUCUCGAACGAUGAUACUGCAAAGUCGGCUGCGAAAGAAGACGGCUUGAGCGUCGAAGACCUCAACCUCCCAAAGUCAAUAGUGCAGCGACUCGCGAAAGGCGUCCUCCCCGCGAACACCCAGAUCCAGAAGGAUGCGCUGCUAGCAAUGUCCAAGAGCGCAACCGUCUUCGUGAACUACCUCACAUCAUGUGCCGCUGAAAAUGCCGCCCGCAGCAACAAGAAGACCGUCAUGCCCAAAGACGUCUUCGACGCAAUGCAGGAACUAGAAUUCGAGUUCAUGCUGCCCCGCCUCGAAGCAGAAGUCAACAAGUUCACGUCGAUACAAGCAGACAAGCGGAACACCUACCGCAAGAAGGUGCGCGAGGAGAAGAAGGCGGCGAAGGAUAAGGGUGCCAAUGGGCAGGCGGCCAUUGACGACUCGCCACCGACAAAGAGAGCACGGAGGUCGAGCGUGGAUAACGGAGAGCAUGCGGAUGGAUCUGAUGAGGAGGAUCACGUGGAUGAGACGGUGGAAGAUGUGGAGCAGGAGGACGAGGAGGUGGAAGAUGAUGAGGUGGAGGAGGAGGUUGCGGAUGAGGAGCCAACGGAGGAUCUGCUUGAAGAGCGCGAGAACAAGCCGUCGGACGAUGAUAUGGCGGACGGGGACGAAAGCGAUUGAGGACAGAGCGGUGGCGCAUGGUGGGCUGGGAUAGGUGGGAUGCAUGGGCUGGCGUUGGCUGGAGUACGGUACGGGUCACAAAUAUCAUAUUCCGCAGAAUUGGUUGAAGAUGAUGAUGUUUCAUUUUCCCUAAGGACUGGAGCUGCUGCUCAAUACCACUGACGGGCCUCUUCCAUCGCGACGCCCUCCGCG